GAGACUUUCACCGCGGUGCCCAUUCUCGAUGCAACUUGUUGAUCUGAUUGACCGGGUACACAUCCGCCCUGACGACUGAGGGUUGGCGACACACAUCGCACCUCGAGGCUUCAACCCACCUCCUCUCCGGAGACAUGGGAUAUCCACUGGAGAAAUACUCCAGAGGAGUUGUUUUGUGCUCAAAGUAUAAAGACGGGACUUCCUCUCCAUACUUGACACCCUCUCGAUGAACUCUAUACGAUCAGUCCUCGUGUGAGAGUACUACUGCCUGUUAUAAUCCCACCAUGGCCAACCCUGAAAAGCCUGGAGUCGACAACUCCACCACCCUCGCACACCUCGAACAUGACAAGAUCGACAACGAUACCUCGAAGCCUGUGACCGCCCGACAAAUGUCCAUGGCGUCCCGAAGGCUCAGCGAGGCGCAGGCCAUGAAACUCGCCGACGAAACCGCCAUAGUCGACGACGAGAUUGCUGAGUUCGAGGCUGCAUUGGCCGAGAACCCCAUCAAGAGCUCGUUCCUCAACCCUCAGAUAUCCUUCAACGACCCCCGUCACUUCACCUGGCUCCUCGUCGGCUUCGCCUCCAUGGGUGGUAUGCUCUCGGGUCUGGACCAGAGUGUCAUCUCCGGCGCGCUGCUCUACAUGCCCGACGAUCUACACCUCAGCACCUCACAAGUCAGCUUGACCAGCUCGGCGGUGCCACUGGGCGCCAUCGGCGGUGCUCUCAUCCUAGGUCCGACCAACGAACUCGUCGGGAGGAAAAUGGCCAUCAUCAUCUCCCUCAUUCUCUACACCAUUGGCGGCGCUCUCGAGGCCGGAGCCAUCAAUUUCGGCAUGAUCGUCGCCGCUCGUGUCAUCCUGGGCAUGGGCUUGGGCCUCGAAGGUGGUACCGUCCCCGUCUACGUCGCCGAGUCCGUCGAGAAAAAGUACCGUGGCAACCUGGUCAGUUUGUACCAGUUCAUGAUCGCCUUCGGUGAGGUCAUAGGCUACGUGGUGGCCGCCAUAUUCGUCAACGUCCACUCUGGUGGGUGGCGAUACAUGCUCGGCUCAUCGUUGGUUUUUAGCACAAUCAUGUUGGUCGGAAUGAUGUGGAUGCCCGAGUCUCCCAGAAUGUUGAUGCACAAGGGCAAAACCCUCGAGGCUUUUGCCGUGUGGAAGCGCAUCCGAGGUCUUGAAAGGGAAGAGGACCGCAAGGAAUUCUUCAUCAUGCACCACGCUCUCGACCACGAAGCUAGAGAGGGCGACACAAAACGCAAGAGAUUCGUCUGGCUCGACUUCUUUACCGUACCGCGCGCGAGACGAUCGAUCGUUUAUGCAAACAUUAUGAUCGCCCUGGGUCAAUUGACGGGUAUCAAUGCCAUCAUGUACUACAUGAGUACCUUGAUGUCACAAAUCGGCUUCGACAAGAAACAGUCGGUCUUCAUGUCACUCGUGGGGGGCGGGUCGUUGCUCCUCGGUACCAUCCCGGGCGUCUUGUUCAUGGAAAAGUACGGCCGUCGAUUCUGGGCCAACAUGAUGCUCCCGUGCUUCUUCGUCGGCCUGAUCCUGGUGGGUGUCUCUUACCAGACGCACACCUUGGUCGCCACCGAGGGCCUGUACCUGACGGGCAUCAUCCUGUACAAUGGCUUCUUCGGCUCGUACGCCUGCCUGACGUGGGUCUUGCCGUCCGAGGUCUUCCCGACGUACCUGAGGUCCUACGGCAUGGAGUCCACCGACGUCAACUUGUUCUUCUGCAGCUGGCUCGUCACCUACUUCUUCCUGGACAUGCAGCGGGCCAUGACCAAGACCGGGUUGACCCUCGGGUUCUACGGGGGGAUCGCCGUGCUCGGGUGGAUCUACCAGAUCUUGUUCAUGCCAGAAACCAAGAACAAGACCCUCGAAGAGAUUGACCUGAUCUUCAGCCAACCCACGGGCGAGCUGGUCCGACAGAACCUCCGCAACACCACGAGGACCAUGAGUGAUCUUGCCCAUUUCAGGUUCGGAAAGGUCUUUUCCCCCGCCGAGGAUAGUCAUGCCGGUGAAGAACAAAUCCACGACGUCAAGGUGUAACUAAUCUACGGACGAUUCACACACCAUGUACACACACCACGCUGAUGAACUAAGAGCCGUUUUGGCCGGCAAUUGAAGAAGCGGCCUUGUUUACACGAUGCUUUACUUGCGAAGUAAAGAGCAAAGUUUACAUACCUACACAUAAGUCAUGACGGGUGAAUUGUAGAUAAAGUAAAACACAUCACAACUACUCCGUACGACUUCUGUACAUAUAUGUCUUGAGA